AUGAUUUGCAGUGGCAGUGGUGAUGACAGUGGCGAUCGCAGUGAGACAGCUGGUCAGUUCGAUUCAGUUAGUCGGCGGCAAACGCUUUCGACCGCGGAUAAGUCGUGGGAUGUCGGUGGAUCUCAGUGGAUGCAGUUGCGUGAUGUCGGCGAACGAUUUGCGUUCGUCGCCCAGCUGUUGCGUGGUCUCAUCUCUCAUUGA